UGUAAAAUGGCCACAACGUAUAUGAGGAAUGAAUUCCCUCCGUCUCUCAACAGAGCUACAAGAAUUCCUUCCUGGUCCCAUUUCUUCCUGUGGCCUGGGUCCCAAAUUCAAAGCCACCGCAUGGACUGCAGCAAGAGCCAAAGAGGGGACACCGUCGGCCGCACCCGACUCGCUUCCCUGGCAGGUCAGCAUCGAAGACGAAGACAAGCAUGUCUGCGGAGGGGCGAUCCUGAGCAGCUGGUGGAUCUUGUCUGCAGCUCACUGCUUCGCAGGUGACUUCUCUUCCAACCUCCACAUAGUGGUCAACUCGAAUGAGGGCCCGUCGGGGAAACGGAAACUGGACAGGCUGGUCAUCCAUCAAGACUUCAGUGGUGUGAGCCUGAUCAAUGACAUUGCUUUGAUCCUGCUGGACUCUCCCAUAGAGUUCAAUGAAGCGAAGACAUCCAUUUGCCUGCCCUUGUUGCACGACCUUGGCAUGUGGCAAGACUGCUGGGUUGCCACAUGGAGACCCACCACAGCAGACGCUGAGAUGAAACCGCCCAGCGUGCCACGGAAAGUGGAGAUGACGCUGAUGGGCCACGAUGCCUGCUCCGAGAAGGUCCCGGGACUGGUUGAGGAUGUGCUUUGCGCCAUCUCCGAAGAAGGCACGAAGAGGACCUGCAAGGACGACAGCGGGGGAAGUCCUUUGGUUUGCACGCACGGCAGCGAUGUGAAAUGGUUUGUGGUCGGAAUAGCCAGCCAGGGCGAGAGCUGUGAGGAAGACGGAAACCCGGCAAUCUACACCGUCGUCUUCAGCUACCUCGACUGGAUCCAAAGGGCGACAGAGAACGAAGGGAAGCCAUUUAUACCCGAAGGGGUAUAUGAUUAUGUGGACCGCACAGGAGCCUUGAUUCACGGCCCCGAUUCGGCUUCGGAAUCCCUCCGCCUUUCAGCGGCCUCUGCUAUUGCUCCGGUUUUGAUGGCGGUAAUUUCCCGUUACUAAUCCAAUCCCUAUGCCCCGCCUGAAUAAUACCCUAAUCGCACUUGACGCUACUCGAGGUCUCAUCAGUGCACUCACUAGUUCCACUUUAUUUAUGUAUCAAUAAACAAAAACUUUUUUAAAAAAAAACAACCCCAAAAAACCCCACCACCCCAAACCCUACAGUAGCCAAAUAAAUCUGCUUCCUGCACCAACUUCAUUGUGUAUCCCGGAACCGCCACCAGGAAAAUUGUGAGCGAUACAGGGAGACCUCUUGUGGCCUGCACUGUAUACUGCAGCAAACUUAAAGGCAACUCCUGCAAUGGAAGA